AUGAAGUCUAUCAUCUUGGCUACCCUGACAAGCUUGGCUCUUGCGGCCAGACCAUUCCUCAACGAGCCUGAUACUGGUAUCGAUGAAGCUCUGGGAGAUACACCUGUCGGCACUCUGCCACCACUUGAUGAUAUCGUCGGGCUUCCGGAUUUUGACUGGGCAGCUCGUCGCUACAUGAAUACGAGUGCUUAUACUUACUACCGUAACGGUGCUGCUGGCGAGUGGUCCUACCGUAAUAAUCUGGAGGUCUUUCAGCGCUACACCGCUCGUCCCCGUGUAUUGAGGGACAUUUCAAAUAUCGAGUCGACCUUGACGACCUCAAUACUCGGCCACAACUUCUCCGCACCUUUUUACAUUAGUCCAUGUGCACGAGGUGCUCUUGCUAAUGAGAGAGCUGAGCUCGGACUCGUCGAGGGUGCUUAUCAAGGAGAUAUUCUAUACAUCCCUUCGGACUUCAGCUCCUUGCCAUUGAAGGAUCUGGCCGCUGCGAGACCCUCGAACGGCUCCCAGGUCAUGUGGCAGCAGGUUUACCUCGAUGCCGCCAAUGAUACUGCCACCAAAGCACACUUUAAAGAGAUCGAGGAAUCUGGUGCUCGUGCAAUUGUCUUCACUGUUGAUAGUGCUGGGCCUGGUGUACGUCAACGUGCUCAGCGUUACUCAGCGGGCUCAGCAGAUGCAGAGUACUCAGCCUUCACAUGGCAAUACUACCAGAAGCUUCAGAACUUCACGAGACUACCUGUCGUCAUCAAGGGCAUUCAGACGGUCGAAGACGCCAAGAUGGCGGUCAAGUACAAGGCACCUGCGAUCAUCUUGUCUAACCACGGCGGCCGCAACCUUGACGGUAGUCCGUCCGGCUUUGAGGUUGCCCUCGAGAUUCACCAACAGGCACCUGAGGUCUUCCAGCAGAUCGAAGUGUAUGCCGACGGUGGUGUCAGAUACGGCAGUGACGUGCUCAAGAUGCUUGCUCUCGGCGUUCGUGCCGUCGGACUUGGCAGACCAUUCAUGUAUGCCAAUGUCUAUGGCACUGAGGGAGUGGCUAAAGCUGUGGAACUGUUGAAGGCAGAGAUUGCUAGUGAUGCCGCGCACCUGGGCUUGAUCUCCAUCAAGGAUAUUGGACCUCAGUACUUCAAGUGGACGCCGAACAGCUGGUAUAGUUAG